AAGAGAGAUUUUUGGUAGGUUGGUGGUAGACCAGAAGGUUGGAGGAAGCUGUGCAGAGAGAUCACUCAGGUGUGCACACAUGGCGACCAAUACAGGACAAAUGGGCUACCUGCCCCGUGGAGGGGCAAUAUUCUGCACCAUACCCGACAUCCUCUACCUUCCAGAGCUUGUCUUUGGCGGUCUGGUUUUGAGCCUGGUAGCAUCUACGUACCUCUUACCUUACAACCCCCAGGCAUACGUUAUCUCCGUGGCAAUUUUCUGUUUCGUCAUGACAUUCCUCUGGUUGCUGAUCUUUGUCUGUGGGUCUCAUCAUAACAGAAGCUCUUGGGCAAGUGCGGAUGUAGCAUACCAUGGAUUUGCAGCACUCCUCUAUCUCAGUGCCUCUGUGCUUCUGGCUUACAUAACCAUUUUUUGGGAUGUAACAGUUGGCAGAGACGCACUUAUUUACAAGCUGGACGUAGCUGCCGUGGUGUUUUCCUUUUUCACCACUUUACUGUAUGUCAUCCACACAAUUUUCUCAGCCAUCAGAUGGAAAUCCUUCUAAAACGUCUGCCCUUAAUCUGCAUUACUCAUCUGACAUCACAUAUAAUUGUUGAACUGCAUCUUUAAGCAAUGUUAUGACAUUUACUCAAACAAAUGGCAUUUAACAUUUAGUGCAUCAAUAAUAAUUUAUGUGAUAGAUUGACAUUCCAGUCUUUUCAUGUUCUCCUAAAUUGUAUUUUUUAAAACAACCUUUUGCUAAUAUUUAUUUUGUAAGCUAUUCUGGC